AUCUACAUUGAUGAGAUAAGUAUACUUGAUUUUUACAGCGUACAUCUUAACAUCACAUUGAUAUAUUAACCGCAGCUAUGAUCAGGAUUGUAUGCUUAUACGGUCUGUUCGCACUUUCCGUGGCGUUUUUGUCAGAAGGACCUUGUGACCUCGAACCCGCCCGUGGGGGGUCUCACCGGGAUGCCAACUACACAGCCAAAAUACGAGUCCCCAAGUCCUGUACGAAUGGUACAUUUGUCUGGCACUACCCGGGGGGCAAUGUGUACCUGCUUUUUAAGGACUACAAGAGGUCAACCGCUGUGUGCUUCCGGACGCCUUUCGGCGACAAUAUAUUCAAAAUAUAUGACGCCACUUCGGGUCAUAAAAUGAGACUGCUGCCGAUUCCUGAAAGGAACAACGAUAAGAGCGUGUGUACGACCGCCGCUGUUGGACGCCGUCUGAAGAUACGAGUGUACGCGGAACCGAUUUACUAUAUGGGGAAGUUCGCGUUCUACCUCGUUUUUGCGCCAAGCAGUGCGACAAUGUAUCCACUGUAGAUCGUCCUAUCAACCAUGGCAGCCAUACGCGAGAGUCCCCACCGUCACAGGCCUUAUAAUAGAGCCCGUACUAAGUGAUUGAACAUAUAACGCAAACUGAUUAUUAUAGCAUAUAUUUAAUAAUAAUACAUUAAAUAAAAGUGCAUAUCAAAGACAUGGAUCUAUGAAUUAAUGUAAAAUAUAACGUAUGAAAAAAACAACAUAAUAUUUAAAGAGAGUUCCGAUGCAUGUAUAUGUUAAGUGUUCACAACUUUGAAAAAUAAUUAAAAAUGGACAGUUAA